AUGAAUAAGAAGACUAGCUUUUUCUCUCAUUAUUUUCUUCUUUUUUUCUUCGUUUUUUUCAUUUUACUUUGUUUUUUUCAUCUUUUUUUCUUUUUGUUUUUUUUUCAUCUUUUUUCUUUUUGUUUUUUUUCAUCUUUUUUCUUUUUGUUUUUUUUCAUCUUUUUUCUUUUUGUUUUUUUUCAUCUUUUUUCUUUCUUUGUCUUUUUCAUCUUUUUUCUUUCUUUGUCUUUUUCAUCUUUUUUCUUUCUUUGUCUUUUUCAUCUUUUUUCUUUGUCUUUUUCAUCUUUUUUCUUUGUCUUUUUCAUCUUUUUUCUUUGUCUUUUUCAUCUUUUUUCUUUCUUUGUCUUUUUCAUCUUUUUUCUUUCUUUGUCUUUUUCAUCUUUUUUCUUUCUUUGUCUUUUUCAUCUUUUUUCUUUCUUUGUCUUUUUCAUCUUUUUUCUUUCUUUGUCUUUUUCAUCUUUUUUCUUUCUUUGUCUUUUCAUCUUUUUUUCUUUCUUUGUCUUUUUUUCAUUUUUUCUUUCUUUGUCUUUUUCAUCUUUUUCUUUCUUUGUCUUUUUUCAUUUUUUCUUUCUUUUGUCUUUUCAUCUUUUUCUUUCUUUGUCUUUUUCAUCUUUUUUCUUUCUUUGUCUUUUUCAUUCUUUUUUCUUUCUUUGUCUUUUUCAUUCUUUUUUCUUUCUUUGUCUUUUUCAUUCUUUUUUCUUUCUUUGUCUUUUUUCAUUUCUUUUUUUCUUUUUCUUUGUCUUUUUCAUCUUUUUUCUUUCUUUUGUCUUUUUCAUCUUUUUUUCUUUCUUUGUCUUUUUCAUCUUUUUCUUUCUUUUGUCUUUUCAUCUUUUUUCUUUUUUCCUUUUCAGGAAAAGUUUUUUGUUGCUAACAGAAUGUUAA